AGAGAGAGAGAGAGAGAGAGAGAACUCUACUAAAAUUUCAAGAGGAGACCAGAGGACAGCGCAUCCACAUAAGGAAGGUAGAGAUUGAAGGAGGGGGACAGUAACAAAUCGCUUCUAUCAUCCGAGACACGGUGCUGGUGUGACCGACGUAGCUAGCAGCAUCACCUCGCCUCCUGCGGACCUGCGCAUCAUCCGCGGCUCCGUCUCGCAGCUUCCCCGGGAGAAGACUAAAUCCGAAUCUCAGCAAGGCCCAGGUUGAACACCUCUGCUUGCUGUGAGAUAAGGUGAACAGGUUUCGAUCCUGAUCUGUUGUUAUACAGCUGGAUCCUGAUGAUGCACCACUUGUUGUGUCUGCUGGUACUCAGCUCAGUAGCCCUGCAGGAGGCUGUCGGGGGAGACGUGUGUGUAUCGGGUCAUGACAGUGGGCCAUUGUUUGAAGAACAGCCAAGCAGUUUAAUCUACCCAGAGGGCCUGAGUGAAGGCAAAGUGACCCUAAGCUGUCAGGCCAGGGCCAGUCCAACUGCAUCCUACAGAUGGCUUGUGAAUGGCACAGAGGUCCCGCUGGGUUUGGACCUGCGCUACACACUGGUGGCCGGCAACCUUGUGAUCAGCAGCCCUGAGCCUACUCGAGACACAGGCUCCUAUCAGUGUCUGGCCAUCAACCGCUGUGGCACCAUCAUCAGCCGAGCAGCUAACCUCAAAUUUGGCUACCUCCAUGACUUCCCUCCAGACAGCAGGAGUCCUCAGACAGCAUAUGAAGGAGUAGGAACUUUCCUGGCCUGCCAGCCCCCUUUACAUUACCCAGCUCUGUCCUACCGCUGGUUGAUCAACGAGUUUCCCAACUUCAUCAAGAAGGACGACGGCCGCUGGUUUGUGUCGCAGGUGACAGGUAACUUGUACGUGGCUAGAGCAGAGCCAAAUGACACGGGGAACUACUUCUGCUUCACCACCAUCAACAUGGACAUCAGCACCAAGAGCACCUUCAGCAAGGCCAACGCACUCACUGUCCUGCCCGAUGCCAAUCCCAGGAAGUCAGCUCCGAGCAUCAAAGUGCGCUUCCCUGCAGAGACCUACGGCCUAGCAGGACACACCGCUCAGUUAGAGUGCUUCGCCUAUGGAAAUCCAGUCCCAAAACUGCGAUGGAGGAAGGUGGACGGUUUGAUGCCUUCCAAGGCAGGCUCCAGUGCUGAGGGCCCCACCCUCAUCCUGCCAGAACUCUCCUUCGAUGACGAGGGUGUUUACGAAUGUGAAGCCUACAACUCAGAGGGAAGUGACACAUACCAGGGACGCAUAAAUGUGCAAGCUCAGCCGGAGUGGUUGCAGGUGAUGAGCGACUCGGAGGUGGAGAUCAGUUCUGAGCUUGUCUGGAGUUGUGUUGCUGCUGGUAAACCCAGACCCUCCGUACGCUGGCUACGCAACGGACAGCCACUCAGUACACAGGAGCGGGUAGAGGUGAACGGGGCUCGUCUUAAGAUCAGUAACCUGGCCCUGGAGGAUUCUGGGAUGUACCAGUGUGUGGCUGAGAACAAACAUGGCACCAUCUACUCCACUGCCGAGCUCAGAGUCCAGGUUCAGGCCCCAGAUUUCCGGUUGAAUCCAGUAAGGAGACUGAUCCCAGCAGCCAGAGGGGGGCAGGUGAAGAUGGAGUGUCGCCCUCGAGCUGCCCCCAAGCCAAGCCUUUUCUGGAGCCGUGGGACAGAGCUGCUCACCAACAGCAGCAGAGUCACCGUAACUCCAGACGGCGUCUUAUGGAUCAACAACAUCAGCAGGGCAGAUGAAGGGAAAUACACCUGCUUUGCUGAAAACUACCUGGGCAAAGCCAAUAGCACCGGACACCUGUCUGUCAGAGAUGCCACCAAGAUCACGCUGGCUCCUUCCAACGCUGACAUCAACCAGGGGGAGAAUGUGACGCUGCAAUGUCACGCCUCCCACGACCCCACCAUGGACCUGACCUUCACCUGGGCCCUCAACAGGGUCCUGUUGGACCUGGAGGCCUCGGCCGGGCCGUAUCACCGGGUGGAGGGGAAGGAAAACAUUGGUGACCUGCUGAUUGUGAAUGCUCAGCUGAGUCAAGCAGGGAUGUACACGUGCACAGCUCAGACUGUGGUGGACAGCGCUUCGGCUUCAGCCAAACUAGUGGUUCGAGGCCCCCCAGGACCUCCUGGAGGAUUACUGGUGAAGAACGUGGCUGAGGCAUCGGUGGAGCUCAGGUGGAGUCGUGGCUACGAUAACCACAGUCCCAUCGGCAAAUAUGUCAUCAUGGGCCGGUCUUCGCUCUCAGCAGGGUGGAAGAAGAUGAGGACAGAGCCAGUGAACAUCGAGGGGAAUGCAGAGUCGGCUCGUGUGAUGGGACUGAUGCCCUGGAUGGAUUAUGAAUUCCAGGUCAUCGCCAGCAACAUCCUGGGCAGCGGAGAGGCCAGCCUGCCCUCACACACCGUCCGCACACAACAAGCAGCUCCCACAGUGGCCCCCAGUGGUCUUGGAGGAGGAGGAGGAGACCGUAAUGAACUCAUUGUUACCUGGACGCCCAUGGCCAGAGAGUACCAGAAUGGUGAUGGCUUUGGCUACACUCUGGCAUUCAAGAAGAAAGACAUGCCAUCUUGGACUGUGGUGCGUAUUCCUCACGUGGAGUCAUCCCGAUAUGUCUACUACAAUGACAGCCUGACGCCGUACAGUCCCUUUGAGGUGAAGAUCAAGGCUUACAACCGCAGAGGAGAAGGUCCAUUCAGCCAGAUCGCUGUGGUCUACUCUGCAGAGGAAGAGCCGACAGUGGGGCCAUCAACCAUCAACGCCACGGCGCUGAGCGCCUUUGAGAUCCAGGUUUCAUGGGAACCAGUCCAGCAGCUCAGCGGCAUCCUCAGAGGAUACGAGAUCCGGUACUGGCGGCAGCAUGAACGGGAAGCGGCAGCAGACCGAGUGCGAACAGCAGGACUGGAAACCACAGCCAGAGUGUCUGGACUCAGACCCAGCACUCGAUAUCACGUCGCCGUUCUGGCGUACAACAGCGCCGGCACGGGUCCGACCUCACCACGCACCACCGUCACCACCAGGAAACCACCUCCUAAUCGUCGUCCGGGCAACGUAUCAUGGAGAACUGAUGGCUCAUGGGUAACAGUGAGGUGGGAUCCUGUGAAGGCCAUGCACAAUGAGUCAGCUGUACUGGGCUACAAAGUUCUGUACAAACACGAGGGCCAGACAGCACUGAAGGUUCUGGACCACACCAAGACAUCCAUGAGCCUGCCGCUGCCAAAAGACAACGGUUACGUUGUGUUGGAGAUUCGGUCGUGGGGAGAGGGCGGGGACGGGCCAGCACACGAGAUUAUUGUGUCCCGGGACUCCGGAACGGGUAUGAUGGUGCAGAAUGAGGCCUCCUCCCCACUGUCCACUCCCCCUCUCCACCUCCUCACUGGCUUGGUUCUACUCACUCUUGUGUCAUUGUUGGGCCUGUGAUCUCAGCCAUCUGUGGACCUUUCGAUUUGAACGGCUUGAAACUAAAGCUGUCCUGUGUCUCAGCCUGUGUUUUGGGUCGGGUGGGUUCCAGUGGUCUGGGAAAGUUGUAGCACCGCAGGGAUUGGACGGGUGUUAGAGAAAGGUGGGGGUUCACUUUUUUUAAAUAAUUAAAAAAACAAAGAGGGUCUUUAAAAAAAAAGUCUGGAUGUGUUGAAGGUGGUUGUGUAUUUGUGUACUGUUGUCAGUCAAACCAUGCCUUAUGGGGACCAUCACAUCUGCGGCUGACGCAUCACAGACUUCAGGUGUAAAUUAUUCAUAGAAACAAUGAUGUGUACAACUGGUGUACAUACAGUACAGUCUUAGAUGUGAUGGGUGUCUGCUUGUUCACUCUGAGAGCAACUUGACAGAUAAGUCUCUUUAUUCUGACCGGUGUGAAGCGCUGUGAAGGUCUGCAUCGAAAAUAUUUAGAACAGCUCCUCAUGCAUUUUUUACAGUUUGUUAUAUACUGUCGUUAUUGUAUUGUCACGGUUCGCAUAAUCCUGAAAAAAAAUUUCAUAAUGCAGCUUUUCAGUCUUGGAAAAGCCCUUCGACACUGUUAAAUUGUCCUAGAGAACAAUGAUAUGUCUUGGAACGGUUUUGAAAUGAAAAUUGGAUGGCUACAUAAACUUACUGUAGCCACAAAGUAGUGUAUACACAUCCCCAUAAUAAAUCAGGCGGUCUUGUUGCUCACAGUGUGAACACAGAAUAAGAGUCAGUCAUUGAAGAACCUUUACUUGUUGAUUUCAAGCUCCUGCUAAUGUCUGUAUGUUUGUUUGUGUUUUUGUCUCAGCUGUAAUUAUAGUAAGCUAUAGAAUUGUGUCAGCGGUCCAAAUGAAUGUCUACAUUUUCUAUUUUUUAUGUCUCAUUUUGGGGGAAGUAAAAUUGGAUAGAUGAAGGGAGUAUUUCAUUCUUUUAUUUGGUUUAUUGCAGCUACUUUUAGGCUGGUAGGUUGAUAUGAAUUGCCCGCGGCUGCACGAGAUUAAAGAGUUGGUCACCAAAGGUAUCAGAGUACAGAUAACAGUGUCAUAUAUCCUUCUUAUUGUAAUCCUGUCAGCAACUAUCAGCUCUGAUGAAACCUUUCUGGUUCACUGCAGUUUACAGCACGGAUGUGAUCUCCUCUUAUCAGGUCCGGGACAGGUCCGUUCAACAUGUCAAAGAUGAUUUGCUGAUCAAGUGCUUACGAUUUCUGUCUUUUGUUUUUACCUUUAUUUUUUGGUUGAUUUGCUCUGAACGGUUUGCUGUCAACAGUUUAAUACUCAAAAGGUUGACUGAUCAGCAGGGAUGUGUUUUUCAUACACUCGUGCAAAAAAAACAUAAGAAGACUAAAUACAUGUUUUAAAAAUGCCAAAAUCAUUGCGCAAACCAGCUUGCAAGUUUAAUUGGAAGGUUCUCUGUCACCCAGUAACUCUGGGUAGGAGAUCCAAAGAAACUCACAAGUUUCAAUAUUUUAAUGGUCUGGACAACCAAAACCUUUUUGUGUUACUUCCGUAUUACAUUUUAUAUUUUGCAAGUGGUUGAUUGAUACACUACUUGAUUGAUGUGCUUUAUUUUGUCAGGUAAAUGUAACUUGCUUCAUAGUUUUUCUCUUCUCAUGUCAUUUAAUGUUAUUUUGGAAGGAAAAAAUUUCUAUGAACACUGGAAAGCAAAAUAUCACAAAUGUCAAAAAAUUUACACCCUGAAUUUCACUUUGUAUGCUAUUAGUUGACCGUCAUUAUUAUUAUUGCUUACAUGACCUUUGCUUAGUACAAACUGAGAUUUAAA